UUGCAUGCUCUCCUCCACCUCCUUGUCACUGAAUCAGUGUUGAUGCUCUCCUGCAGCCUCCACUGGAAACUGCUUUUGCCUACAAAUCCAUCACACGCUGCUUUGCCCCUCUCUAUUCAUUGUUCACUCCAUCUUUUUCCCUCCCUCUUCUGUCUCUCAGCAUCCCUCCCUGGGAACUCACUUUUUUUUUCUAUCCUCUGUAUUUCAUGUAGGCUUUCUCUGCAUCUCCCCCCUCCCCAAAUUCAUCCCUCUGUGCUUAUUUGCCUCUGACUCUGGUUUUCCUUUGCAUCUCUGCCUCUCAGCGCUCUUACAGGCAGGAGUUCCCUAUUUUGCAGACAACAUGUUUGGCAUGUCUUCAAGCCAUUUUUUCAGGAUGAUUUUUCAAGACCAUCAAGCGUUGACGGCUGGCAGUAUACAUCUCUGAGUGGUUAAAUAUUUCACGGACACCGGCAGAGAUAAAAGACGGAGGGAGAGAGAAACUCCUAACAGCCAACAGAGAGGGUGGAGGAGGGGAACCACUGGCAGUAGAAAAUGGCUGCCAUGACAGUGGUACCCAGCUAUAGCCCUUCAAUAUGGGUGAGAGUGUGUCAUGCCCUGCCCCGGCUGGACCUCAGCAUGCAGAUGAGGGACAACAGCUUCAUCCCUGAAAGCUGGGAAUAUCAGCAGACCCUGCUGGUUUUGUCCAGUUUGUCAGCCAUCGGUCUCGUCAUCUCCCUCUUGGUGGUUCUUUCUUUCCUCAUACACUACUGCUGCUGUCACCGUGGUGACCGGAGUGAGGGAUCAGAGGAGGAGGAGGAGGAUGAAGAUGGCAGCACAGGUCACGGUUAUAGCGGGAAGAAGGGGCGGGGCAUCUGCUGUGUCACAUGGAUGGCGGUUGCUGCUGUCACACUGUGCUGUGUUGCCAUAGGCAUCGGUUUCUAUGGCAACAGCGAGGCUAAUGAUGGGAUGUAUCAGUUGACCUCGUCUCUUCUCACAGCCAAUUAUACGCUAGCUUCCAUCGAUCUGCUGAUUUCAGACACAAUUACUGGACUGCAGCUCUCUGUCUCUGGCCCUCUCGCCUCAAUGGAGGAGCUGUUUUCUGGCAGCAAACCGUUCCUGGUGUCGACGCGGAACUGCCGGAGGUUGUCUGAGAACGUGAUCAAUCUUCUCUCCUCAAUCUCUCUGGCUUGGCCCGGUGUGGAUGCAGGUCUGGGGAACGACAGCAGCGUCAGCGGGGCGUCCAUCAUUCCCCUGACACCCGUUCCACCCUCCGUGGUGCCCACGGUGGUUCCCACCAGCAGCUUACUGCCCAACCCCUUCUCCCCUGGAUGGGCGGCCAACACACUAAUGGUCAAUGAGGACUACAGGUGGUUGUCAUAUGUGCUGUUGCUGCUGCUUGACCUCAUAGUGUGUCUGUUCAUCCUGCUGGGUCUGGCGAAGCAGGCCCGCUGGCUUCUCAUCAUGAUGACCGUGCUGGCAUGGCUGGCGCUCUUCCUGAGCUGGGGCUCUCUGGGCUUGGAGACGGCCACUGUGGUGGCUCUCAGCGACUUCUGCUCAGAUCCAAACAUAUUCGUCCUCAACUCCACCCAGUUCAGCACGGGGACGAGCUCAGAAGUGUUGGAUUAUUACCUCACCUGCAACAGGCGCAUGAACAGUCCAUUUCAGCAGUUGCUGACCCAGUCCCAGAGGGCCCUCUCAAACAUCCACACACACCUCUCCAGUCUGGAAAGAAAUGCUCUCCCACAGUUCCCAAAAGCUGAGAAAUCGCUCAGGGAGGUUCAACAGAUACUCAACUCCACUGAGGGCAACUUUCAUCAGCUGGUGGCACUACUCAACUGUAGAGGUCUCAAUAAGGACUACAUUGACUCACUAAAAGGCCUGUGCUAUGACGGGAUGGAGGGAUUGCUCUACCUCUCCCUCUACUCUUUUCUCUCAGCUUUGGCCUUCACUGCUAUCCUUUGCUCUCUGCCUGGUGCCUGGAGGAGCUUCCCCAGUGAAUCAGAGGAAUACGACGACUCGGACAGCGAGAGUGAGGACCCCUUCACCUCCCAUCAGGCACGUAGACAGGCAUCCUCGUCCUCGGGGUCUCAGCGAGGGGCCAUGACCCCCUUCUAUAAUUACCCGGGGGCCGGGUGGACACCCCCCUUUUCUAGCGCGCCGCCCCUCCCGACUCCAAACGUUUCCUCCAAUGGCAACCCUGGCUAUGAGAGCCUACCCUUGACUGACAGGCAGUCCCCACCCCCCUCUUACUCUCCCAGCAUGCUGACUGGAUACGGGGGAAAUCAAUCACACCCCUCCCAUUCGAGAAACCUGUAUUCGCGCUGAGUUUUGUUUUUCUUUUGUUAGAAAAUGUAUAGAAAAAACGUCUAGUUUUCAUAUGAAUGGACACUUUAAUGACAUGAAAAAGAAACUAAUCUAAAUAAAGUGAAUGCUAGGUGUGAAUUUAAAGUGCAUAACGUCAGUACCACUGAUAAAUCAUUCUUCUUCUUCUUCUUCUU